AUGGCUGCUUCUCCAGACCACACAGACAACGACGAUGGGGCCAUCGCAGCCAAGGUCGAACGGCAUGAUUACACCGACCUCGCCCCAACAACUCGCAAGCGCGCGCAUGCCAUGGAAGGCUUCGACGAGAUCUACACCGACAUUGUCGACUACAUCGUCCGCUGCACGCACCGAAUUUGGGACGAGCGCGAUAUCGGCCUAAUCUACACCCACUACACUCAUAAUUGUGUACUCUACGGCACCAUGGCGACAAUCUACGACCGCGAGGCCGUUGUCCGGGAUACGAUCCAGCGGCUCGUCUCCCUUCCCGAGCGUCGCGGAAUGGCCACGCAAGUGCUUUGGAAUGGAAACGACAAGGAUGGAUUCUAUACCUCGCACCUUGUAACCGGCGCGGGCAGACACUCCCAAAACGGCCAUUUUGGUCCUCCCACCGGCAAGACCUUUGUGUCGCGCACGAUUGCAGACUGCAUGGUUUAUCGUAAUCGGAUAUACCGUGAAUGGGUUGUAGCCGAUACCAUGGCCAUAAUAAAGCAGCUGGGUCUGGACCCCAAUGUGUUCGCUGAAGAGGCUGCGAAGGGGCUCUUCGACAAGGGCCUGGAGUCAAUCGACAUCGGUGAGAACAGACGUCUCAUCGGCCAGCAGAUGCCCGAAUGGAAGGCAGAUACAUCGAUUGCGAACAACGAGGUCGAAAGACAAACUCUGGAAUGGCUGCACGACAUGUGGAACUGUCGAAUGUUUGGCCGGGUCGAGAAACACUACGCCCCCAACGCCCAGUACCACGGACCCAAGAUGACGGAGCUAUAUGGACCUGCUGCCGUUCUGCAUCAACAUCUAGCACUUUUGGGUUCCAUCCCUGAUGCUGCGUACAUGCCCCAGCAUAUCUGCUCUAACCCCUGUGAGGAGGGCGGGGUGAAGGUCGCUGUGCGCUGGGUCAUGGAAGGCCACCAUUUGGGAUAUGGCAUUCUGAGUGAAUUGGGAAAGCCAACGGGCUUGAGGCUGCAGGUUAUGGGAAUCACUCACUAUCAUUACAAGAAUGGCCGGGUGGUGGACGAGUGGAAUGUGUACGAUGAGCUGUCGCUGUUGACCCAGAUUAAGCUGGGGCAGAUGGUCGAGGCGAAGCACAAGUAG